CCGUCCCCGCCAGACUGCGGCGGGCUCGGCGCAGCCGGAGCAGUCGCGGCAGCAGCGGCGGCGGCGGCGGCAGCAGCGGUAGCAUCGCCCGCAGGGCCCUGAUCCCAGACUCGAGCUGCUGACACCCGUGGGCUGCGCCAGUGGGAAGAUGAAUCCCACCCUCAGCAUCGCUGUGCUCCUGGCAGUGCUCCAGGCUGCCCAAUGCCAGACAAUCAGGGACCUGAGCGCCUGCCUGCUGGGCCAGAGCCUGCGGGUGGACUGCCACUUCGAGAACAAGACCAGCAACCCCCUGACCUACGAGUUCAGCAUCAUCCGGGACACCCGCAAGCGCGUGAUCAACAGCAACAUGAACAUCCCGGAGAGCACCUACCGGGCCCGCUCCAACAUCACCCUGCACCGGAACCUGAUCCACCUCUACCUGUCCAGCUUCACCACCAGCGACGAGGGCCUCUACAUUUGCGAGCUGAAGGCCACCAAUGACUACACUGGCCACCAGGUCAAGAACAUCACCGUCAUCAAAGACAAGCUGGAGAAGUGCGCCGGCAUCAGCCUCCUGAUCCAGAACACCUCGUGGCUGCUGCUCCUGCUCCUGUCCCUGCCGCUGCUGCAAGCCGUGGACUUCGUGUCCCUGUGAGGGCAGUGCCCUGCCGCCAGGCCGCGGCCCUUGGACCGAGGAAGGAGGCAAACGCUUUGAACACACGCACUAUAUCCCUCUAUCUGUCUAUAGCCGUACACCUGCCGCUGCCACGCUGCCCCCCCACCCCCCGUCAUCGUGCCCCACACCCGCUGGGGGGGGUCCCCGUAGUAUGCCAGGGCCCCGCGCAUGGCGCCGUUCCCUCAUGUUCUGCUAGGCAGUGCUGCUUCUUCCAUCGCGAUUUUGUUUGCCCGUCCCUCUAUCCGUCCGUCUGCCUGUCCAGCAGGGUCUGGGGGGGGCAGCUUUUUCUUGUUUAUUUUGUUCUGUCAAGCAGGGAAAGCGCAGAAGGCCAGCACACCCGGGAGGGAGCCGGGGGAGAUGCAGAUGGGGUGCUUGGGGCAUGCCCAAGCGAUAAGGGCUAGCCUGCCAGGCCCAGGGGUGUCGAGGGGGUUUCACCACUGGAGUCUGGGCUCAUCCUGCCGGGGCCACGGGUGCGGUGAAGUGGGUGGGUUCUCAGCCCUGUCUUUUGCACUGCACAACGCUGAGAAUCAACUGGUGUUGUCUGCUUGGGAGAGGUCUGGGGGGAGCAGUUUUGGGGAAGUAUGAGCAAAGAAGGGGGCCUGGCCAGAGUAAGGCGGGGGGGAAGGGCACAGCUCAGACCUGGAGAGGGACCCAUGCCUCCAGCCCUCUGUCAAGGGGGGGUACGGAGGCUGCUCCAGGAGCUGGGCGUGAGGUGGGGCAGGGGGGAUAGAUACUUUUUUUUCUUGGAUGUUGUGGAACAUGAGGGGCAGGGACAGCCGGGUCCAGGCUAGACGAUAUCCCGAGCCCUGAGCUCCCCACCGUGCCCUGGAAUCCAGUCCUUAGCUGUGACGAGAGAGAGCUGCUGCAGAGAGACCCCUCUCUGAGCUAGAGACACCCCCUCCCUGGCCACAGCCCCCCAAAAGUGGGGCAGGGCAAGCCAGCAGGCUCCUUGCCCCUCAGCGGGCUGGGGACGCCCAUGCUCGCACCCCUCCCAUCUCCCGGAGCUGGGGCUUGUUCUGUCCCCUGAUGCAGGAAUAAGAGCAGGGCCAAGCUGCCCACCCCAGGCCAAGGCACCGAUGCCCUGGGAGUCUCUGUAGGUAGAUACCCCCUCCCUCUCAUUUGGGGUCCAGCAGCUGCAUCUCUGGCCAUCCCGUCACUGCUGGCUGCUGUCUCCCUCAGGACAGAGGCCGGGGGGGUGGGACCCCUCGAUGCCAGCGCUCCUCCCUCCGUGCUUCCAGCUGUUUUGCUCCAGCCCAGUCUUCCUCCAGGUCAGGGCUCCAGUCUUCCUCCCCCAGCAAUUUCUGCUCCCUGGGGCUGGCAGCCCCUUUGCACCUCCCCUCUGCUUUGGGGCCCCCAGGCCAAUGGGGGCCAGGGGAGGCCCCCGAGAAGAUGCAAGAGAGGCUGCACCGGGGCAGCCUUGGCCCCCACCCUCUCCCCCUGCGCCAGCGAGGGGGGCGCAGCCCGGCCCCGAUCCGUGAUCCGUGCCCGCUGUCGUUGUGUCCCCGGCUUGCUGCAGCUCGACCCGGCGGGGCAGUGCCUGCUCUGCCACAGAAUAAACCCACUGGAUGCCCGA